GAAUGACGUCAUAACACAAGGCGGAAGCUGCAAAAUAAGAUCAGUGAAGGCAGGGGCUCUUAGUGGGAGUAUGAGAGUUUGUUGUGAAAACAUUUGUUGGGGUUUGGGGAGCUUAUGCAGUGCCUAAAGCUUGAACAGGAGCAGCUGCAAACAAACGAGAGGGUACAGCAGUGUGGGAACCACGAUGGAGAAAAUGGCUCAAGUUUGUCUGUAAUUAGGAAUUAAGGAGCUUCAUAAGUUUAGACAGAGGGAAGAUAAAAAGGGGUAUCCCUAAAGGGGGAUAAAUUAGUUGGUCUGAGUUUUUGGAGGAGUAGAAAAAUACAUCGUUAUGAAUUUUUACAUCUCAAUAAACAAGUUGUCAUUUUUGUUAUAGGAAGGAGGUGACCUUUUUAAAAACAGUAUACACGUCACUGUUAUUGAGAUAGCGAGGACAAUAAAGGAGGGAACUGUCUUGAGGAAUGAACGGUUGUCUUCAUUGCAUAGUUAUUGAAGAGAGUGCCAAAGAAUUGGAACAGUCAAGCUCCGUGAUGUUACUAGACGAUGAUAUUGUUGUGUGUUUAUAUACAGAUGUUCUUGUUCCAUGCACACGCAAGACAGCAGACAAGGACUGUUAAGGAAUUUUAGGGAGAAUUGCUGGGAGGACAGGCUCAGGUUUUGGUAGAAAUCCUGUAACAUACCCUGGCUUCUUAUGUGAAUGGCUAAUUAAAAUAUACGUAGGCAAGGACAAGUGAUUUUUUUUCACAAAUUGCUGGACACAGCUGAAUCGUUCCAGGAUCCUCAGAAUGGCACUUUCUGGCUCCACGGACUCACAGGAUCCUGAGAACAAAGAGGAGACUUUCUUGCUGAAGUCAAUGAAGAUUGCACUGGUGGUAACUUUGUAUUGGUUUGUCUCCAUAACCAUGGUAUUCUUGAACAAGUACUUGCUCGAUAGCCCUGCACUGAAACUCGAUGCCCCACUCUUUGUCACAUUCUUCCAGUGUGUGGUUACUGUUGUACUGUGCUGGUGUAUGAAUAUUCUUGCUAUGCUGUGCCCUGGAUCUGUAGAUUUUCCCUCCAUUAAAUUUGACCCCAAAGUUUCCAGAAGUGUGCUUCCACUGUCAAUUGUCUUCAUUGGUAUGAUCACCUUCAACAAUCUGUGCCUCAAGUAUGUAGGGGUAGCCUUCUAUAAUGUUGGCAGAUCCCUCACCACCGUUUUCAAUGUCUUAAUGUCCUACUUGAUACUGAAGCAGACUACCUCCUUCCAGGCGCUGCUUUGCUGCGGAAUCAUAAUUGGUGGCUUCUGGUUGGGAGUUGACCAAGAGGAUGCCCAUGGCAACUUGUCAUGGAUUGGCAUUGCAUUUGGUAUCCUAGCCAGCUUGUGUGUGUCCCUUAAUGCUAUCUUCACAAAGAGAGUGCUUCCUGCAGUUGAUGGCAGUAUUUGGAGACUCACCUACUACAACAAUAUUAAUGCUUGUGUCCUCUUCAUCCCAUUCAUCAUCAUCUUGGGUGAACUUCGGACCAUUUAUAACUUUGAUAAGCUGGGCAACUUGGACUUUUGGGGCAUAAUGAUCCUCGGUGGGGUCUUUGGCUUUGCCAUUGGUUAUGUUACAGGCCUUCAGAUCAAGUUUACCAGCCCUCUUACCCACAACGUUUCUGGAACAGCUAAGGCAUGUGCACAGACAGUGUUGGCAGUGUCUUACUACAAUGAAAAGAAGACUUUCUUGUGGUGGACGAGUAAUGUGAUGGUUUUGGGGGGGUCGUCUGCGUAUACUUGGGUCAAAGCACAGGCAAUGAAGAGUAACCAUGAGAUAAAGCAAUCCAAAAGUGAAUCUGGAGUUUAAUGACUGAAAAAGUUUUUUCUUUUGUUUUUUUGUUUUUUUUUUGUUCUACAGAAUACUAUAUUUCAGGGUUUAUAAUUUAUAUGUUAAUGUUUUUAAUAUUCUCCAAAAAUAUAUACUAUUUCCAUUUCCUGACAUGAAUGGGUGGCUGCUUUUACUUAUUGCCCACUGAGGCUUAUCUAGAUUUAUAAAGUGCACACUUUUGUCCAUUUUGAAGUGUGUUUCUAGUCCCUGGUCCCACUCUGUAAUAUGUUUGUAUUGGUACUCCCUGUGUAUUUUAUUAAAAGUACUGGAUUUUGA